UCAUAGAGGUACCAAUAGAGACGCAUAUCAGAGCAGCUACUCAACUACUGGUCGUUGAAGUUAGAAUCAUUCAGUAGAUAUUACCAUUACGAGUCAGUUAGAAAGGUAAUCAUAAGUAAGUUAACACUAUAAGAGGUCAGACAGACUGAAUUAGUUGAUAAAUUGAUUGAUUGGGGUAAUCAUUGAUAUUCGGUACAGUUAAUUAAGAUGGCCAACUACGUCAACAAACAGGUGAUUGAAUUAAACGAAGUUACUGAAGAAAACCGUAACAGAGCAACAAGGAGCGUGAAGACUGACACCCAUCUCUCAGGACCUGAGGAUCCAGGGAGAAGACUCUACAGGAUGGUUGCUGUGAGCUUUGGGAUGCUGUGUGUUCUACAAGUCACGCUCAACAUCUCCCUGAGACUAGUCUAUAACAGAGGCAUGGGAGAUAAAACCAUUGUGACUGCAGAGAGAGACCAGCUACAGACCAGUUACAACAACCUGACUAAAGAGAGAGACCAGAUACAAAAGGAGAGAGAUGAUCUCAAGAGAAAGUUCUCUAAUCUGAAACAAACCUAUCCUGAAGGCUGGCAGAAGUUUGGAUCCAGUUGGUACUUCAUCUCUACUGAGACUAAAACCUGGAGGGAGAGCAGACAGGACUGUCUGGAAAGAGGAGCAGACCUGGUGAUCAUAAACAACAGAGAGGAAUGGCACACAUUCAUCAAUAGGCUUCAAAGAGUCAAGAAUACCUGGAUUGGUCUGACUGUUACUGAGGGGACCUGGAAAUGGGUGGAUGGCACACCACUGACCACCCCAAGCUAUUGGGGGAGUGGAGAGCCUAAUGGUGGUGGAGUGGAGAACUGUGUUGUGGUACCUUACAGGUCAUCAAGCCAAGGAACAUGGCAUAUCAAUCCGUGUUCAUCUAACAGUUUCUGGAUCUGUGAGAUAUAGUUAUCUCUCGCUCUCUCGUAGAUAUCAUGUUGAUGGUCGUGCUGAACGUCAUGAUGUCACCUACAGUGCCUUCAGAUAGUAUUCAUACCCCUUGACUUUUUCCACAUUUUGU